ACAACACCGCGAACUGUCAAAGUCACUUGGUGGGUUUAGUGGCUGCUCAUCGACUACAUUCUGUAGUGAAUUCGCAUAUUUGUCCUAAUUGAAAUGGUCCUUAGUCAACUAUGCGGCCGUAUCAAGAUUAUAAUUCUAGGGAUCAUCGGGGCCUUCCGGAGAGCACUCUGUUGCUUCUCGAGGCGGCGGAAACCGUCGCAAACCGACUGCGAAAUAUUACAAAGUGUAAACGUUGUCAGCGAUACCGGUAGGUCCACUGAGGUCAGUUUGUUUGUUAAACAGCUCGGGACAUCCUUACUAAUUUCUAUUUAUCGUCAGGGUGGGGAGAAAGAUUGGAACUCGUGGGACGACACACCGCGCACAGUCCAGGAGCAUAUCGACCACUAUCGACAGAAGUUGGCCAGGCCACCAACGCCCAAAGAACCCGAGCCGGAACCGGACUUCUUUCAAGACAUGACUCCACAAAUCAAACCCCAACCGAAGAUAUUCAUUCCAACGAAAUUGGAGUCAACUCAAACUGACUUUUCUCGACUGCAAGCGACAACAGACAUUCCCAUUCCAUUGGCGGCCGACCUGCAGGACUGGGCCGAGGAGGACCCUGGCGGGUGGGAGGAACUCGACUCGGAGACCGCAACGCAGCUUAUUCGUGAAAAGCGGAAAGAGCAACGGGCGCAAAAGCAAUCUAGAACUAGGGAACAAGCCGCAACCAAAGUUUCUCCCGUGAAUUUCGCCGAGCGGAUAGGGACAAGACAUUCAUAGUGAUUGGACGUAUUUUAAGGUGUGCGAGACGAUUUUCAGUCUCCUGUACAAUAUUCGCUUGUUAUUAUUGUUUACACUUUCUAUGAGAAUGUAUUUUUUUGGGGUGAUUUGCUUUACGUUGUCGGGAUUUUACUGUAAUAAAGAUUUUACUUAUACGGAA